UCUACUUAAUCAGCCAUUUUUUUAAACAGGGCUAAAACGAUAAUAAUUAGCAGAAUAAAGACAUAUCGGAUUUUCAUUUCCUUUCCUCCGUUUCCCAACCCCUUCACCACCAAACAGCGAGACCGCGGUCGGCGCAUGCUUUAAGUCCUCCCGGACCCCAGAGGACCGCUCCAUGCCCCCCACUUUCUGCUCCAGCGUUUUGAUUUUUCACCCAAUAAAGUUCGAGGAUUAUUUUUUUAUUUUUUUUUAUUUUUUUUUAAUGAACCCUCUCGUUUUACUUGGAUGUGAUCAGCUGUAAGUAAAAUAAAAAGCAAAACAAAAGCAAACAAAACAAAACAAAAAAAACCAGAAGCGAAGAUCGAGUAGGAACUGCAGGGGAAAUGGAAAGUCCCUGACAGGCUGGAUGAAAUGAGAUCCCUAUGUAGCCAUUGCCAUGGAAACCUGUGACUCCUCUCCUAUCUCAAGGCAGGAGAAUGGGCAGAGCACAUCAAAGCUAUGUGGAACGACGCCACUUGAUAAUGAGGUGCCCGAGAAAGCUGCCGAGAUGGAGCCCGACAGGGGGACCGGCCCCGCCGAUGACACCCUGAAGACGGACGCGCGCAAAAGCGACGGCUCGCUGGGCCUGGGCGGGGAGCAUGCCGCGGCCCCUCAGGUGGCCGCGGCCCAGGAGAUCCCCUGCAACGAGUGUGCCACCUCCUUCCCCAGUUUACAGAAGUACAUGGAGCACCACUGCCCCAACGCCCGCCUGCCCGUCCUGAGGGAUGACAACGAGAGCGAGGCCAGCGAGCUGGAGGACAGCGACGUGGAGAACCUCACGGGGGAGAUCGUCUACCAGCCGGACGGGUCGGCGUACAUCAUCGAGGACCCCAAGGGCGGCGGGCCGGGGGCGCGGGCCGGGGCCGGCGGCCGGCUGUUCCGCGCGGCCGUGCUGCUGGACGCCCUGGCCCCCGCCGCGGACGCGGGCGAGCCGUCGGCCGCGCCGGCGCCCGUGUCCUUCUACCCGCAGGUCAUCAACACGUUCCACAUCGCCUCGCCCCUCGGGGGGCCGCUGGCGGCCGACCCGGCCUUCCCAAAUACCUCAGCGUUCGCAGGCGCCGGGCCUGUGUUGCACAGCUUCCGCGUCUACGACCUCCGGCACAAGCGCGAGCGGGACUACCUCGCCAGCGACGGCUCCGCCAAAAACUCCUGCGUGUCCAAAGACGUGCCGGGCGACGUGGACCUGUCGCGCUUCGACGGCUGCGUGAGCGACGGCAGGCGGAAGCCCGUGCUCAUGUGCUUCCUGUGCAAGCUGUCCUUCGGCUACGCCCGCUCCUUCGUGGCGCACGCGGUGCACGACCACCGGAUGACCCUGAACGACGAGGAGCAGAAGCUGCUCGGCCACAAGUGCGUCUCGGCCAUCAUCCAGGGCAUCGGCAAAGACAAGGAGCCUCUCAUCAGCUUUCUGGAACCAAAAAAGCCCACUUCUGUGUACCCCCACUUUUCUACCGCAAACCUCAUAGGCCCCGACCCCACCUUCCGCGGCUUGUGGAGCGCGUUUCACGUGGAAAACGGCGACGCGCUGCCGGCGGGCUUCGCCUUCCUGAAGGGCGGCGCGGGGACCGCGAGCCCCGCCGAGCAGCCGCUGGGGGUCGCCCCGAUGCCAAAGGCUGACGUGACCCUGGGGGGGCUGUCUAGUUUAGUAGUGAACACCCCGAUUACCUCUGUCCCCCUCGGCCACGCGUCGUCCGAGUCGGGCAAGACGUCGGAGAGCAAAGACCAAGAGGACAACUGUGAAAGGCCCCCGGACGGCAGCGCCCCGCGCCCCGACGGGGCGCGCGCCGUCAAAAGCGAGCCCCCCGACGCGGGAGACGAGGACGACGAGGACGCGUACUCCAACGAGCCGGACGACGAGGAAGGAUCAGGUGAGCUCGCCGAGGGCCUCGGGAGCAAGGACUUCCCUCGCUUAAACCAAAGCAUUUCUCCUUUAUCAUCCAGUGUGCUAAAAUUUAUGGAAAAGGGUCCCCCGUCGUCGUCCUCCUCCUCCUCGGCGACGGGGUCCGACGACGCGGAGCAGAAGAAGCAGCAGCAGGCUGGCACCGUCCGGGCCGCGGGCAGCCUGGCGAACAACGCCUACGGCCUCGGCGGCAGGGACUUGGCCGACGCGGGUGCCCCCAGCAAGGACGGCGUCGCGGCCGCUCACCCCAGCGACGCGGGCCGGGCCGACGAGGACGGCGCGGCGCCCCCGCACCAGCACGGCUUCGCCCCGAGCGCCCCCGGCACCCCCGGGCCGGCCGGAGACGGCUCCCCGGGCAGCGGCAUCGAGUGUCCCAAGUGCGACACGGUGUUGGGGUCUUCGAGGUCCCUGGGUGGGCAUAUGACCAUGAUGCACUCAAGGAACUCCUGCAAGACCCUCAAGUGUCCCAAAUGCAACUGGCACUACAAGUACCAGCAGACCCUGGAGGCCCACAUGAAGGAGAAGCACCCGGAGCCGGGUGGCUCCUGCGUGUAUUGUAAGACUGGACAGCCUCACCCCAGGCUCGCCCGGGGGGAGAGCUACACGUGUGGCUAUAAACCCUUCCGUUGCGAGGUUUGUAACUACUCCACCACGACCAAAGGCAACCUCAGUAUUCAUAUGCAGUCCGACAAGCACCUGAACAACGUGCAGAACCUGCAGAACGGCAGCGGCGAGCAGGUGUUUGGCCACUCCGCCCCCGCCCCCAACCCCAGCCUCGGCGGCUGCGGCACGCCCUCGCCGUCCAAACCCAAGCAGAAGCCCACCUGGCGGUGUGAGGUGUGCGAUUACGAAACCAACGUGGCGAGGAACCUCCGCAUCCACAUGACGAGCGAAAAGCACAUGCACAAUAUGAUGCUUCUGCAGCAGAACAUGAAGCAGAUCCAGCAUAACCUGCACUUGGGCCUGGCCCCGGCGGAGGCGGAGCUCUACCAGUAUUACCUGGCCCAGAACAUAGGCCUGACCGGCAUGAAGCUGGAAAACCCUGCAGACCCGCAGCUGAUGAUCAACCCCUUCCAGCUGGACCCUGCCACUGCGGCCGCGCUGGCCCCGGGACUUGUAAAUAAUGAGCUGCCGCCUGAAAUCCGGCUUGCCAGUGGUCAGCUAAUGGGUGAUGACCUGUCCCUCCUUACUGCAGGAGAGCUGUCACCUUAUAUCAGUGACCCAGCGCUGAAGCUAUUCCAGUGUGCCGUUUGCAACAAAUUCACCUCUGACAGCCUGGAGGCCCUAAGCGUGCAUGUGACCAGCGAGCGCUCUCUCCCUGAAGAGGAAUGGAGGGCUGUAAUUGGAGAUAUCUACCAGUGCAAGCUCUGUAACUACAACACCCAGCUCAAAGCCAACUUCCAGCUCCACUGCAAGACUGAUAAACAUAUGCAGAAAUACCAACUGGUGGCCCACAUUAAAGAAGGGGGCAAAAGCAAUGAGUGGAGACUCAAGUGCAUUGCCAUUGGCAACCCCGUCCACCUGAAAUGCAACGCCUGUGACUAUUACACCAACAGUGUGGAUAAGUUACGCCUGCACACCACCAAUCACAGGCACGAGGUGGCCCUGAAGCUCUACAAGCACUUGCAAAAGCAAGAGGGUGCGGUGAAUCCUGAGUCCUGCUAUUACUACUGUGCCGUGUGUGAUUACUCCACCAAGGUCAAGUUGAACCUGGUACAGCAUGUCCGCUCCGUGAAGCAUCAGCAGACCGAGGGCCUCCGUAAGCUGCAGCUCCACCAGCAAGGCCUGGCACCGGAGGAGGACAACCUCAGUGAGAUCUUUUUUGUGAAAGACUGCCCACCAAACGAGCUUGACACUGCCUCUUUGGGAGCCAGGACCUGUGACGAUGACCUUACGGAACAGCCGUUGAGAGCAGCCUCAGAAGACCAAGGUGAGGAGGCAGAGGGAGCUAUUAAACCUACAACAGUGGCUGAGGAGGACGAGAAAGACAGAAGUGAGAGAGACACUGGCGAAGGCAAAAACUCUAAUAAAGAGUCUGGAAUCAUCACACCAGAAAAGGAACUAAAAGUCAGUGUGUCAGGGGUGACCCAGCCACUCCUGCUGGCAAAAGAAGAAGAUGUUGCAACAAAAAGAUCAAAACCAACAGAGGACAAUAAAUUCUGUCACGAACAGUUCUAUCAGUGUCCUUAUUGUAACUACAAUAGUAGGGACCAAAGUCGUAUCCAGAUGCACGUCCUGUCACAGCACUCAGUGCAGCCCGUCAUCUGCUGUCCCCUCUGCCAGGACGUCCUCAGCAGUAAGAUGCAUCUCCAGCUGCAUCUGACGCAUUUGCACAGCGUGUCUCCGGACUGUGUGGAGAAGCUGCUCAUGACAGUGCCUGUCCCUGAUGUCAUGAUGCCAAACAGUCUGCUUCUGCCAGCGGCAGCCUCUGAGAAAUCGGAGCGGGACACACCUGCCGCCAUCACAGCUGAGGGGUCAGGGAAAUAUUCAGGUGAAAGUCCAGUGGAUGACAAAAGUAUGGCAGGCCUUGACGAUGCGAAGGCUGGCGUGGAAAUCAAGACGGAGGAGCAGAAACCAACCAAAGAGCUCCUGGAAACGUCGGAAUGGAACAAAAAUAGCAGCAAGGAUAUGAAAAUCCCCGACACACUGCAGGAUCAAUUAAGCGAGCCACAGAAGAGGCAGCCUCUGUCUGUUUCCGACCGCCACGUGUACAAGUACCGCUGUAACCACUGCAGCCUGGCCUUCAAGACGAUGCAGAAGCUUCAGAUACAUUCCCAGUAUCACGCGAUUCGGGCCGCGACGAUGUGUAAUUUCUGCCAGCGCAGUUUCCGUACAUUCCAGGCUUUAAAAAAACACUUGGAAGGAGGCCACCCCGAGCUGAGCGAGGCCGAACUUCAACAGCUCUAUGCCUCGUUGCCCGUGAACGGCGAACUCUGGGCCGAGAGUGAAACCAUGGCCCAGGACGACCAUGUCCUGGAGCAGGAGAUGGAGAGAGAAUACGAGGUGGACCAUGAGGGGAAGGCGAGCCCUAUAGGAAGCGACAGCAGCUCCAUUCCCGAUGACAUGGUCUCUGAACCAAAGCGGACCUUACCUUUUAGAAAAGGGCCAAAUUUCACGAUGGAGAAAUUCCUCGAUCCAUCCCGCCCGUAUAAAUGUACAGUGUGUAAAGAGUCAUUCACCCAGAAGAACAUUCUCUUGGUCCAUUAUAACUCAGUGUCUCAUCUGCAUAAGUUGAAAAAGGUUUUGCAGGAAGCCUCUAGUCCCGUUCCUCAAGAAACCAACAGCAGCACAGACAACAAACCCUACAAGUGCGGCACGUGCAACGUGGCGUACAGCCAAAGCUCCACCUUGGAGAUCCACAUGAGGUCCGUGCUCCAUCAGACCAAAGCCAGGGCGGCCAAGCUGGAGCCCGGGGGCCACAGCCUCGCAGCAAACGUUAACAGCCCCGGCCAGGGGAUGCUGGAGUCCGUGAGUUUAGCGGCCGUAAGCAGCAAAGACAGCCACCUAGAUGCCAAAGAAUUAAGUAAAAAGCCAACUCCGGAACUGAUCUCUGCGCAGCCUGCCCAGCACCCGCCGCAGUCACCAGCACACAUUCAGAUGCAGCUCCAGCACGAGUUACAACAGCAGGCGGCCUUCUUCCAGCCUCAGUUUCUCAACCCAGCCUUCCUGCCUCAUUUCCCCAUGACCCCGGAAGCGCUGCUCCAGUUUCAGCAGCCGCAGUUCCUCUUUCCCUUCUACAUCCCUGGGACGGAGUUCAGCUUGGGGCCGGACCUGGGCCUGCCGGGCUCUGCGGCGUUUGGCAUGCCCGGCGUGACGGGCAUGGCCGGGUCCUUGCUCGAGGACCUGAAGCAGCAGAUUCAAACCCAACACCACGUGGGCCAGACGCAGCUGCAGCUUCUGCAGCAGCAGGCACAGCAGUACCAGGCCGCGCAGCCCCCGCUGCCGUCUCAGAAGCAGCCCCAGCAGCCGCAGCAGCCGCAGGCGAGCAAAGCCCCGAAACAAGACCCGCCCAACCUGGCCAGCGCGGACUGCCCGGCCAUGAAGGACAUGCCACCUUACAAAGAGGCAGAAGACGCCGCCGAAAAGCAAGACAAGCCAAAGCAAGAAUUGGCAGGCGACGGCGAAGGGCUCAAAGAAGGCAAAGACGCGAAGAAGCCCAAACCCUCGGAGCCGGCCCUCCCGCCUCCGCGGAUAGCGUCGGGGGCCCGCGGAAACGCCGCCAAGGCGCUGCUGGAGAACUUCGGCUUCGAGCUGGUCAUCCAGUACAACGAAAACCGGCAGAAAGUGCAGAAGAAGGGGAGAGGCGGGGAAGGGGAGAGCCCGGAUAAGCUGGAGUGCGGGACGUGCGGGAAGCUCUUCUCCAACGUGCUGAUUUUGAAGAGCCACCAGGAGCACGUGCAUGGGCAGUUCUUCCCCUGCGGCGCCCUGGAGAGGUUCGCGCGGCAGUACCGCGAGGCCUACGACAAGCUGUACCCGAUCUCGCCGCCCUCGCCCGAGACGCCCCCGCCGCCGCCGCCGCCGCCGCCCCCGCCCCCGUCCGCGCCCCCGCAGGUGCAGCUGCCGGUGUCCCUGGAGCUGCCCCUGUUCCCCUCCAUCAUGAUGCAGCCCGUCCAGCACCCGGCCCUGCCGCCCCAGCUGGCCCUGCAGAUGCCCCAGAUGGACGCGCUCUCCGCGGACCUCACGCAGCUCUGCCAGCAGCAGCUCGGGCUGGACCCCGGCUUCCUGCGGCACUCGCAGUUCAAGCGGCCCCGGACGAGAAUCACCGACGACCAGCUGAAGAUCCUGAGGGCCUACUUCGACAUCAACAACUCCCCGAGCGAGGAGCAGGUCCAGGAGAUGGCGGAGAAGUCGGGCCUGUCGCAGAAGGUCAUCAAGCACUGGUUCCGCAACACGCUCUUCAAGGAGCGCCAGAGAAACAAGGACUCGCCGUACAACUUCAGCAACCCGCCCGUCACCGUGCUGGAGGACCUCCGCCUGGAGCCGCCGCCCGCCGCCUUGGAGCACUACAAGGCGGACGCCUCGUUCAGCAAGCGCUCCUCCCGGACCCGGUUCACCGACUACCAGCUGCGGGUGCUGCAGGACUUCUUCGACACCAACGCCUACCCGAAGGACGACGAGAUCGAGCAGCUGUCCACCGUCCUCAACCUCCCCACCCGCGUGAUCGUGGUGUGGUUCCAGAACGCGCGGCAGAAGGCCCGCAAGAGCUACGAGAACCAGGCCGAGGCGAAGGACGCGGAGAAGCGCGAGCUCACCAACGAGCGCUACGUGCGCACCGCCAGCAUGCAGUACCAGUGCAAGAAGUGCAGCGUGGUCUUCCCCAGGAUCUUCGACCUGAUCACGCACCAGAAGAAGCAGUGCUACAAGGACGAGGACGACGACGCGCAGGACGAGAGCCAGACCGAGGACUCCAUGGACGCCACGGACCAGGUGGUGUACAAGCACUGCACCGCGUCGGGCGUGACGGACGCGGCCCGGGGCGCGGCCGCCGCCCCCGCGGCGGGUUCCGGCUCCGGGGCCAGCACCCCUCUCAUCCCGUCGCCCAAACCCGAGCCCGAGAAGACGUCGCCCAAACCUGACUAUCCCGCCGAGAAGCCAAAGCAGAGUGACCCCCCGCCCCCCGCUCAAGGCGCCAAGCCAGCCCUGCCGUUAGCCUCCGCUGCCUCCUCGGACCCGGCGCCUCAGCCCCCCAAACAACCCCAACUGAUGGGGAGGCCCCCCUCGGCCUCCCAGACCCCGGUCCCGUCCAGCCCGCUGCAGAUGCCCAUGACGCCUCUGCAGAACAGCCUACCUCCGCAGCUGCUCCAGUACCAGUGUGACCAGUGCACGGUGGCCUUCCCGAGCCUGGACCUCUGGCAGGAACAUCAGCACAUGCAUUUCCUCGCCGCGCAGAACCAGUUCCUUCACUCCCCGUUCCUGGAGCGGCCCAUGGAUAUGCCCUACAUGAUCUUCGACCCCAACAACCCCCUGAUGACCGGGCCGCUGCUGGCCGGGUCCCUGUCACAGAUGGCCCCCCAGCCCGGCGCCUCGCACGCCGCGGGCCCCGCCACGGUCGCCGCCUCCCUGAAGAGGAAACUGGACGAGAAGGAAGAGAACAACGGCAGCGAGAAGGAGGGAGGCAACAGCGGCGAGGACCAGCACCGCGACAAGCGCCUGAGGACCACCAUCACCCCGGAACAGCUGGAGAUCCUCUAUGAGAAAUACCUGCUGGAUUCCAACCCCACCCGGAAGAUGCUCGACCACAUCGCGCGCGAGGUGGGGCUGAAGAAGAGGGUCGUGCAGGUCUGGUUCCAGAACACGCGCGCCCGCGAGCGGAAGGGCCAGUUCCGCGCGGUGGGCCCCGCCCAGUCGCACAAGCGGUGCCCGUUCUGCCGCGCCCUGUUCAAGGCCAAGUCGGCCCUCGAGAGCCACAUCCGCUCUCGGCACUGGAACGAGGGCAAGCAGGCGGGGUACAGCCUGCCCCCCAGCCCGUUAAUCGCCGCCGAAGACGGGGGCGAGAGCCCGCAGAAAUACAUGUACUUCGAUUACCCGUCCUUGCCGCUCACGAAAAUCGACCUGGCGUCCAGCGAGAACGAGCUGGCCUCCACGGUGUCCACGCCGGUGAGCAAGACCGCGGAGCUGUCGCCCAAGAACCUGCUGAGCCCGUCGUCUUUCAAAGCCGAGGGCCCCGAGGACGCGGAGCACCUGCACGCCCCUCCCGCCGAGGCCGGCUACGACCAGAGCAAGGCGGACUUCGACGAGACGUCGUCCGUCAACACGGCCAUCAGCGAUGCCACCACCGGCGACGAGGGCAACGCCGAGGUGGAGAGCACCGCCGGCAGCUCCGGGGACGCGAAGCCCGCCCUGUCCCCUAAGGAGCCCAAAACGCUGGACGCUUUGCCCAAGACGGCCACCACCCCCACCGCGGAGGUCUGCGAUGAAAAGUUCCUCUUCUCCCUCACGAGCCCCUCCAUGCAUUUCAGCGACAAAGAUGGCGACCACGACCAAAGCUUUUACAUCACCGAUGACCCCGACGACAACGCCGACCGCAGCGAGACGUCCAGCAUCGCGGACCCGAGCUCGCCCAACCCUUUUGGAUCCGGCAACCCUUUCAAAUCCAAAAAUAACGACCGGCCAGGUCACAAGCGGUUCCGAACCCAGAUGAGCAACCUGCAGCUCAAGGUCCUCAAGGCGUGCUUCAGCGACUACCGAACUCCCACCAUGCAGGAAUGUGAGAUGCUCGGGAACGAGAUCGGCCUGCCCAAGCGCGUGGUCCAGGUGUGGUUCCAGAACGCAAGGGCCAAAGAAAAGAAGUUCAAAAUCAACAUCGGCAAGCCUUUCAUGAUCAACCAGAGCGGCACGGAAGGCUCCAAACCCGAGUGCACCCUGUGCGGGGUGAAGUACUCUGCCCGCUUGUCCAUCAGAGAUCACAUUUUCUCCAAACAGCACAUUUCCAAAGUGAGGGAGACCGUGGGGAGUCAGCUGGACCGGGAGAAAGAUUACUUGGCUCCUACCACCGUGCGGCAGCUGAUGGCACAGCAAGAGCUUGAUCGUAUCAAGAAAGCCUCGGAUGUGCUGGGCCUGGCGGUCCAGCAGCCCAGCAUGAUGGACAGCAGCUCCCUUCACGGCAUCAGCCUGCCAGCCGCCUACCCGGGACUCCCUGGCCUUCCUCCGGUCCUUCUCCCUGGAAUGAACGGUCCAUCUUCCUUGCCCGGAUUCCCACAGAAUUCAAACACUUUAACACCUCCCGGUGCAGGCAUGCUUGGGUUUCCUACUUCAGCUACUUCGUCUCCUGCCCUGUCUCUCAGCAGUGCCCCCACCAAACCCUUGCUGCAGACUCCACCUCCUCCUCCUCCUCCUCCUCCCCCACCCCCUCCUCCUCCAUCCUCUCUGCCAGGACAGCAGACCGAGCCGCAGAACAAAGAAUCGGAGAAAAAGCAAAGUAAGCCAAACAAGGUCAAGAAAAUCAAAGAGGAGGAAUUAGAGGCCACCAAACCCGAGAAACACCCCAAAAAAGAGGAAAAGCUCUCAUCUGCGCUUUCCGUGUUGGGCAAAGUCGUGGGCGAAACGCACGUGGAUCCGACGCAGCUGCAGGCGCUGCAGAACGCGCUGGCGGGCGACCCCACUUCCUUCCUGGGCGGGCAGUUCCUGCCUUACUUUAUCCCCGGGUUCGCUUCCUACUUCACCCCUCAGCUCCCCGGAACCGUGCAAGGAGGGUACCUCCCGCCCGUGUGCGGCAUGGAGAGCCUGUUCCCCUACGGCCCCGCCGUGCCGCAGACCCUGGCCGGCCUGUCCCCGGGCGCGCUCCUGCAGCAGUACCAGCAGUACCAGCAGAGCCUGCAGGACGCCCUGCAGAAGCAGGACAAGGCGCCGCCGGACCCGCCGCCCAAGCCCGGGCCGGCGAAGCCCUCCAAGGCGGACGGCGACCCGCCGCCGCCCGGCUGCAGCGAGCCCUCGGAAGCCAAGGAGGGCAAGGGGGCCGCCACCGAAAGCACAAAGGAAGAGCCCCCGUUGGAGUCCAAAAGCGCAGACUUUUCAGACACUUCCGUGGUCCCGUUCGUCAAGUACGAGUUUAUAUGCAGAAAGUGCCAGAUGAUGUUUACGGACGAAGACGCCGCCGUCGGUCAUCAGAAGUCCUUCUGUUACUUCGGUCAGCCUCUGAUUGACCCCCAGGAGACAGUGCUUCGCGUCCCGGUCAGCAGAUACCAGUGUCUCGCCUGCGACGUGGCCCUCGGCGGGAACGAAGCGCUCAGCCAACACCUCCAGUCCAGCUUGCACAAAGAGAAAACAAUCAAACAAGCAAUGAGAAACGCCAAAGAGCAUGUUAGAUUAUUACCUCACUCAGUCUGCUCCCCGAAUCCUAGCAGCACAUCUACCUCACCGUCUGCAGCUUCUUCUAACAACACCUACCCGCAUCUUUCUUGCUUCCCCAUGAAGUCCUGGCCUAAUAUCCUUUUCCAAGCGUCCGCCAGGAGAGCUGCUUCUUCCCCCCCGACCCCCCCUCCCCUGUCCUUGCCUUCAACGGUUACCUCAAGUUUGUGCAGCACCUCAGGGGUUCCAACCUCACUACCCACAGAGAGUUGUUCAGACGAGUCUGACAGUGAGCUGAGCCAGAAGCUAGAAGACUUAGACAAUGCUUUGGAAGUGAAGGCUAAGCCCGCUUCUGGCCUAGAUGGUAAUUUCAAUAGCAUCCGAAUGGAUAUGUUCAGUGUGUAGGGGUGAAGACAGGAUCCCGUGCUUAAAAAAAAAAUAAAAAAAAAUAAAAAAAUUUAAAAAAAAUAAAAAAAUAAAAAAUAAGACUUUAACUGCAGUUCCAAAGCUUGUCUAACCCAAAAAUUACAGUACCAAAUGAUUGACUCAGGAUUGUGCUCCCCAUAUGGAUAUGCUGGCAAUAUAGGAUGGUAUGUAAUGGACAGAAGUGAUGCACAUGGUUGAAUGCGCUUGUAAUAUAUGCUACAAUGUGGAAAAGGAAAAAAAAAAAAUCUCACAAGUUCUUCCGGAACUUGUUUCAAGCCAAAAACUCUCAAGAAAAGCAAAUUGCACCUCAGCUGGAUUGAUUUCCAAAUGCUAGCAUGGACUGUAUGGGAGAAUGAUCCAGAAGUUUUCAAAGAGAAUUUCUCUUAGUUUAGUUAGGUGUAAUUCAGUAGCUUUAAAUUCUCAGGUCAGAACAUAACAUUUCUCAUUUGUUUUAAAAAAAAAAAAAAAGAAAAAAAAAAAAGCAGCAAAGAAGCCUGGUAAAACUGUGACUUUUCCCCAAACGUCAAUCUUUAUUAGAAAGCAUUUUCUAGGUGUGUUUAGUGUACAAAGAGACUUUAUAAUAACCCUUACUGGACAACACACAGAUGCUUGAGGUCACGCUGCAAGGUAGUAGUUUUACCACACAGUGGGUGAGGAGCAGUGGAAUCCCGUGUCUGCCACAAGCUAUAUUUAUACCAGUGUCACCCUUUUCUUGUAGAAUAUACUAAUAAUCUGUGCCAACUCUACCUUCUUCUCACUUUUACCUCUGAUGUCAUUCUUUUUUUUUUUUUCUGGAAGAGGUAAUAAUUCUAGUUUUGAUAGACUCCGAGGAUUAUGUGAACAGGACAUUUUUCAUUUGUGAAUUUAAUGCUAUACUGUCAAGGUACUGCUCGUGUCGGAACUCUAGUGCACUUAUGAUUUCGUAGACCAUGUGAAAUUGAAUAAGGGACUUUUUUGUUUGUUUGUUGUUUUUUUUUGUUUUUUUUUUCUUUCCCUUUCUUUGUGUGUAGUGCAGCAACACUUCGGUCUGCGUUUGUUAGAAGUGUAACUCCUAACAAUCCAAAGACCUAAUUAACAAUUGGUGCAUACAUGGAAGUAGUACUGUAUACUUGAAACUGUUUAAGUACAAGUUGAACAAAACAAAACAAAAAAUUAUGAAAAGGUAUAUUUGCUUCUCGGGAAAGCAAAGAAGCUGCUUUAAGAAAAUAAAAUAAAAUAAAAAGGGGACUAAAAAAUUUGUUUUGUAUAAAGAGAUUAGCCCUGUGCACGUAGGACUGAAUUGAGUAAUAUCCCUAUAUACUGCCGUUUAGUGGCUAGGUCAUUGAACUUCCAUUCACACUCUGGGCACUUGUGU